GGACUAUAUUUAGUUGAAAAGACAUUUGAAGUUGAUGGAUCUUUCCAGCAUUCACGUUCUGGUCUUCAGCGCUCUUUAUUUACAGGGAAGAUAAGGUUGCACACCGGUCAUCUCAAUAAUGGAAAAUGUGCGAUUUACAAAACUAGAGAAGCAAAGGGAACUUCUGCGUAGCAAGCAAAGGCAAAAGUAUGCACACCAAGUUUUAUCACUUCAAAAACGCACAGAGAGUGCUGGUAUCAGUAGUUGUAAAGCUAAUAGUUGGAGAGAAAAUAAAUUAUCAGAUCAAUCAGCUUUGAGUUUCCCAACAAAAGAUACGACUGAUGGAAAUUAUUAUGCAUAUGACGGUCCGCAAUCAUGUGAUACAUCAAACCCUGAUGAUUUUCCUACAAGUGAGAUUCAAGUUAUUCAUGUUCUCACAAAACCUACUCCAUUGGGACAACCAACGUUUGAUCAAACGGUAAAACGCAAAUCAAACUGUGAAGUAAUACAAGAUAAUGUAGUGGAUAGUGGAGAUUACAAAAGUAAUGAUGGUCUGAAUAAUCUAACCAUCACACGGUCGAGUACUAUGUUAUCCUCUCUUGACCAAGAUACCUUUCUGGAUUCUACUGAGGACAGUGGUGACGAAAAUUACGAACGAAAUAAGAAUGCGGAGUCUCACUCUGGUUUUAUGAUUCAGAAACAAGUAGUGAAGAUACCAGACAAUCCCAGCAGUCAUCUUCAUAAGGAUAGUUAUAGCACAGUCGCGAAUUUUGCCAAAUACAACGACGAAAACUCAGAUAGUGGUAAUAAUGCGGAUCCUGUUGAGAAGAAGACAAACGCUACUCAGGAAUCUGAAGACUUAAAAUAUUGUGUGGCACCUCAGUCCUUACUUUUAGAUCCAACUGGAAACCUGGAAGAAUUCAUCAUGAAACCUGCUCCUCAGGGUGUGACCAUACGUUGUCGUAUUACACGAGACAAACGAGGUGUCGAUCGUGGAAUUUUUCCAUCAUAUUAUCUCCAUCUUGAAAAAGAAGAUUGUAAGUUCUUCUUACUUGCAGCUAGGCGUCGUAAGCGAUCAACAACGAGCAACUAUGUGAUUUCUUGUGAUGCCACCAACUUAUCUCGUGAUGCAAUUAGUUUUACCGGGAAACUGCGCUCUAACUUUCUGGGUACUCAUUUUACUGUGUAUGGCUGUGAAUUAAAGUCGCGAGAUAAUGAAUCCUUAAAUUCAGGGAACAAGGUAAAUGAUUCUGGUACGAUAAAGACAACUUCUAAAACACAAAAUAUGCAAGAGCUUGCUGCAAUCAUAUACGAUACAAACGUACUGGGUUUCAAAGGACCAAGGAGAAUGACUAUUAUUUUGCCGCGCUUAAGUGCUACUUGUCAGCACUUUUCAUGUCCUGGAAAUGAUACUACCUGGCUAAUCGACUCAUGGAGGAGAAAAGAUAUGCAGAGCGUCCUACAACUACAAAACAAGAAUCCUGUUUGGAACGAAGGUAAGGCAACAUAUAUCGACUCGUCCAAAACAGAGCAUAUUUCUUGUUUAUUGGCCUAAAAUAGUAGACAUUUAAUUCCUUGUCAGAAAAUAAUCGUGAUCCAGGCAAAAGCGAACUGUGGCUUGUAAUCAUAAGAGCGAACACGACUGUAUGUUUGGGCAUUUCCGGGAUAUAAUGUUGCUCUUUAUGAAUAAUGUUUAUAAAACUUAUUUAUGAAUUCUCUGUCAUGAUACAGUAAUAGUGUGAUGUGACAAACGCUGUUAAGUGUUGGAUUUCAGUCUACUGUAUCCGUGAGAUGAAAUUUGAUGAGACGUUAAUCACCUCAAAUAUAUCUAUGAGUAUUUGUUUGUAUGAAGCAAAAGAUAUUAUUCAGGAAAUCAGUAAUUGAAAACCAGAGACCCCAAACUUUGCGAAGGUAUUUAUCCAAAAGUAAUUUCACAGUUGGCAUAAAAAUGUUAGUCAUUGGAGCCCAAAAAUUGGUUACAGUAUAGCGUCAUUAAACAGGUUGAACGUAGUUGUGAUGUUCCACAGCAUCUUCUCAAAUGAUUUACACUCAAUAGUAUCCCCAGUCUGUUACAAUAGACUGACUAUCGUCAGAAUGCUGUAGAAUACUCACCGAAAUCUAAUGUUUACAUAGAGCAUUUUUAUGAUGUGUUCUUUAUUAAUCGUUUCUCGCUAUAAUAUCUGCUGACUGUAUUCUGUUUGUCAUCAGUGAUAGUGAAAUUCACCCUUGGUAGGUUCAAGUGUGUAAAAUUCCAGGUAGAGGUAACGGAAAUUCACAACCUCUUUUACCAGUUCAGGGGGCAUUUUAUAUCUUAGUGUACAUGAGUCAGGUACCCCAUUGGUUGAGAGCUUUCAAAAAUCAGCCUCUUAAAGAUGGCUUGAAUAGGUCAGAACUGACAUCCAGAAUACCGUUUUUUAUUUCAGAUAGCUAUAAUUUUUGUAAGGGCUGUUUUACCCUCGAAAGUUCUUUACAAAAGUAUGUUGAUCUCCUGGGUGACUACAACUACUCCAGGAUCUUAAUUGCGUAUCAAAAGGAUAUCGGUUGAACGUCAUGGUAUGCGUUUCUGAGGUAACCAGUGGUCCAAAUGGGUUCGAACUCCAUUUGCACUGUUCAAAUUCAUUUCUUUUCCUACUGAUGGUUCAAAGUUCCAGCUGACCAAUUAUUUGAUAAAUCGUUAAUCACCAUUGAACCAUAACCAAACUUGCGCUUACCUUGUAGUGCCGCGAUUCGUUAACCGUUUACUUCGAUAACCGUUAUAAUUCUAAACUUAACGGUGCGUAAAAUCAGAAGACAAAAGAUAGCAGCAACUACAGUUUAUUGUCGAAUGACUCAGGUUCGAAAGCUAACAACACCUGCGCGAAUAUGAACGAGCGAGUGAACAGGCAAACAAGCGAAGGAAACGAACGAGGAGCAAGCGAGCGAGCGAAUAGCAAGCAAUUACAUAGGCAAUGUAUAGUCAAAUUUAAUAAGGGCACAGCAAAGCAAAAAAAAAGGCUAAUAAUAAUAUUUGUGUGCGUAUAUAUAUGGGGAGGAGUAUGAGUCAUCGAAUAAUAUUUAAGCAGUCAACAUUUCGGCUAGAGUGUCAUGUGCUCUAGUGGAAUAGCAGUGCAAAGAAUAUGCAAAUUGUUACUAUCCAAAUGACGAUGUCUGUUAAGUAAGUUAUAAAAAAGGGCUUAACCAAAAUUGGCUAUAAUCGAAAGUGAUUGUAGGAUGGUUGCUGUAACCUUUUCCUGUUUUUGCAGAAAGUAUGUAUCUUGGAUAAAAAGUUGCACUUUCUUAGCCGAAGCUAUAAAACCGUUGCUUCUAGAUUUUGUUUUGGGGAUUAAUUGGUGAUCCAUCGAACACAAUGUGUCCACUUUUUUGGAUUGACUUAGAUGCUAAUAUUAAGCAACAUUACUAAGAAUACCAGUAACUUAGUAGUAUUCAUCUUUUUAAAACGGUCGGAUAUACGAAGAUUCUGGUCACCAGGUUUUGUAGUUGUUUAAAAAAACGUCCUGGAGCUUCAAGUGAUUUCCGCCAUAUCAGCACUUCAUAGAUAAGUACAACAGCGCAGAUCUAGUUGAAUAUGUGGGUUAAAGAGCUUGAGCGUCCUAAAAACUAUCUGUGACCUACUGAGCGGAAAUCUAUAUUCGCCGGGAUUCUUAACAAAGCCUAUGACUAACAGAAACUAAAGUGCAGUAACUGUCUAUCUAAGAAGCCUGUGAUCCUGAAAUUGCAGUUCAAAUGUAGCAGUCAACGAUACUGCACAAGUUUCUCACGCAUGACGGUUAGGUGGAGGAUAGUGACGAACAAUAAGAAACCCCGCUUUCGCAUACCGCAUCUAAGUCUGUCAUGAAACUUAGGCAAAUACUUAACCCUUAAAGUUAUCCAGAAAGUGCUGUCCCAUAUUUUAUCCUUUACGAUUUUGCUCUUAACAUACUGUGUUAGCCAUAAGAAUUUGGAAGAAUGAAGCUAGUUGUGUCCAGUGUUCGUACGACCUUUCCCUACCCUUCUUAUUUAGUCCCUCUAAAAUUUAGUUAUGGUUGCCACUUUAUAUCUAAAUAACCAAAUGUAAUAAGAUCCUAACUGGCUCAUUUUUGUAUCUAUUUCAUUACUAACAACCCACCAUUAUUCUUAUUGUUAACAAUAAAUCUAAUUAAUCGACUCACCUUUCCUUGAUUGGUAAUGGAUUGAUAUUAUUUUAUAAAGCCUUUCUAACAUUUGGUUUAGGGGAAAUAUUUAUUCCUUUUGUAUUUUCGUUAAGCUGAUUCACUAAGAAUUUUAUUUACGAAGCUGUGAUCACAGUGAAUUUGUUCACUGAGUUGAAACGUCAAUUUAUUCCAAAAGACACUCGUAGCCGCUGUUUGCGCAUUCAGUUCAACGUAUGCAUUAUGUUGAUUACCGAUUGAUCUUAAGUCCCCACUGCCAGGUUGGUUAAUACUUACUAAUACAUAGACUCAUUCCCAUUCUACAUUUCCAGAAACCCAAUCAUACGUGCUGAAUUUCCAUGGUCGUGUCACGCAAGCUUCGGUGAAGAACUUCCAGAUCGUGCACAGAAGUGACGGUAAGAUCUUAGUUACUACGUUCCUAGAGAAGCCUUUCUUGUCAGUCGUAUUUUGAAAACUUCUUUUGUGCAAUCUCGCCACCGACGGAGUUCUAAAAGGACUCGUUAGUUCCAUCGUACCAGUAAAUUUUGAGGGUAUACAUGGUCAUCCGACCCCAUAUGUUAAGGUUCGAAAGCGAUAUUUUUAACAAAACACGACGACUGAAUGAAAUCGAAGAAUAUCCUUACAUUACUAGUGGCAAGAGAAUUAGGAUUUACACAUGAAAAAAUCAGUGUUAGUAACAAUACCGGCACGUAAUCAUCUUUUAGUAAGUUUGACAACAAUGAUUCCAACAUAUUUUUGAUGGAAUUGAAUAACUGACCAUAGGUGACAACACUAUCUAAUUUAGCCAAUUAAGGUGACCUGACCAUUAGCGUACCGCUGAAGAACCUUGAAGUAAAGAUGCUACUAUGGAAAUAAUAUCAUAUUGCGAUAUGGUAACGACUACGACUGAGAUUUUACGUUACUUUUGUCAUCAACUUGGACUGUUCAAGUACAUAUACUUACAAGAACUUGUUUUGUGUUAUCUUUCUUAGAUGAAUACAUACUUAUGCAAUUUGGACGUAUCUCUGAGGACGUCUUUACAAUGGACUAUACGUUUCCUAUGUGUGCCCUACAAGCAUUUGGAAUCGCUUUAUCUUCUUUCGAUAGUAAAUUGGCAUGCGAAUAGUUAUUUCUGCAUUUACCACGAAUUAUGACUUUACAAACUUCAUGUAGACAGUUAAAAGCAGGGUCUACUCAUUUUUACUAAAUUAUAUACUUUCUCACAACACACACCAUAUUCUCAGUAUGAAAUAUUCAACCCUCAAUGACCUCAAUAGCCGUAAGAUCCGUCGUAACGUCACUGAAAUGUCCAUGUUACAUAAUCUCUAACAACCGAUUUUACAUUCAUUUAUAUUUGCAUAUCGCGUAAACCUAGACCUGAACACAAAGACCCUGUUUUUGAAACACGGAUAACUAUAAAAAUAACUAUUUCAAAGUAGUACUCAAUAGAUUAAAGAUUGAUGUUUAAAAAUGUUUUUAGUUAUAUAACCUGAUGUUUUUACUUGAUUAUACACUACGUCAAAUAGUAUUUGCAAUAGAUACAUGAUAGUAGAACAAUUCAUUUUACAUAGCUAAUUUUGCAUACUAAUUGCUUUUUAUGAAUAACUAUCAUCUGACAGUUGUAUUGUUAAAUUAAAGAUCACUGUCUUUUCGAUAUACUGUGAAAAAUCAAGACAUAAGUUCUAAAAUGUAAAAUAGCAUGAAGACAUAAAAACGUAUUGGGUUUACAUUCCAAUCCAUUAUUUUGAAUAUAGCUAACUAGUAUUGAAACAGAAAGCUUUAAACUUUUGACUUGCUCAACAAUCCAACCUGAUUACUCAGUCCUUUGGUUUGGACUGCGCAACACUUUAGUUCACAAACUGUAGCCAAGUAAUAAAGACUGCUCCUGAUUUUCUGAAGCUGCAACGCGUAUUUAAUAUUUCUUAUAUACGACGGUAUGUUCCGCACCCAGUCUCUGUUUGCUCCGUAGUUUCACAUAACAACUAGAUGCCAUCAACCAAAUAUGAAUAACGUCUAUUAUACAAAAUACUUACAUUUGAUGUAAAAACAGUUCUCGAGUUGUUUUACUUCAUGAGAAAGUUGAUACUAAUAAGGGAACUAAUAAGUUCCCUCGACCGUUGCUGCUACCUUGACGUGGUGGUCGGGCUUGCCUAUCGUGAUGAAGCAAUCGAGCUAUGCUGGCUGGAACAAUCGUUCCUCGAGGUCCUACCAUGCCAGACAGGUCGGUUGAAGAGCGGUAAGACUAAAAGCAGCAAUCCCAAGGUCCGAAGGCGAAGUCGUAUUGCCGACUGUACAGAGGUGUGACGGCAGUAAGGUGUUUCCUUCAGACAACCAGCAUGACAGCGAUGCUGCCUUCCCACAAGGAGGGGUGGGGUUAGAAAAGGUCGACCCUAAAAAUGCACACCUCGCCUUAUCCCACGGAUUUCCGUCUCCGGUGGUAAGGUCCUUUGAAGAACGGAGCUAACACUUCAAAAAUCCCCAACAAAAAGGUCGUGCGUGACCGGCCUCAAGCAGUUGUCCCUUGGGCACUGCGAUCACGCUCCCAGGUCGUUAAGACCAACACUAAUCCAACUUCUUUUUCAGAUCCCUCAAGAAAUACCCUUCCACGGUGUGGGCAGCCGGGAAGUGAUAAAUACCCUCAUACCCAUAACAGCACACGAGACCAAGUUGGUCGCUUUCAAAUCCUUCCUACAUCUCCUAACAACUCUCUUAUCUCCACGACUAACCCUUCCCACGUCCUUUUAUCACCUCGCACCGCUAGGGCAAACGAUUCGUGUACACGGAACGUUAUUCCUGGUCUCCUGAAACCUCGCUCUAAACUACAUGUAGGAACUUUUAAUGUUCGAACAUUGUGCCAAAUAAGACAACAGGCUUCCUUAGCUAGGGCUUUAGAAUUUUACACCAUCGAUGUGUGCUGCGUCUCCGAAACACGCAUACAAGAUCCGAGUAGCGUCAUUCAUUUGACCUCACCUAAUCAAAAUAAAGAACCAUCUCGAUACACGCUUCGUCUAUCUGGAAGCCCUGAUGCUGCUUCCCGUGGCCUUGCUGGAGUAGGUAUAGCAUUAAGUCCUAGGGCAGAACUAGCUCUUUUAGACUGGAUCCCAGUAGACAGUCGUCUAUGCGCUGUCCGACUAAACGGAUCAGUAAGGACUCGGAAAGAUAGGGGGACUCGUCGUUGUCUCUUCGUCAUCUCUGCCUACUCUCCCACUGACUGUAGCUCAGACGAUAUAAAAGAUGAGUUUUACAGGGAACUUUCUGACCUUCUCCGAAAAGCUAGGCGUUCUGAGGUAGUAAUAGUGGCUGGUGACUUUAAUGCGCAAGUAGGUAAACUAAGUGAAAGACACCUGGGUGGAUCUUAUGGUGUCAUGGCGGAAAGAACAGAUAAUGGCGACCGUCUGUUGCAGCUAUGCUCAGAUAACCGCCUAUUUCUUGCAAAUACCAAAUUUAAGCAUAAGGAAAAACAUCUUUUGACAUGGCGACCCCCGAAUUUGUCCCAACGUUGGACCCAAUUAGAUCACAUCGCUAUCAGCCACCGAUGGAGGGGCUCGAUAGAAGACUGUCGCUCAUUCUGGGGCACAUGUUUAGAUUCAGAUCAUGCUCUAGUGCGAGCACGUAUCUGUCUGCGUCUUACUGGUCGUAGGAAAGACACUGCAGGGAAGCCUCUAAGGGUUCUACUUAAUGAUAGGCAAGCUAAGAAUAUAUUUCAGGAACAACUGGAAAAACAGUUAGACAGACAUGUAAGUUGUGUCCACCCCGAAGCAGCGUGGAAUGACAUCCGAAAAGCUGUGAUAUCCGCUAGUAAGGUAAGCCAUAAGGUCAGGGAAAAACAAUGGAUCUCGGCAGCAUCUACCGCACUGAUAGAUGCUCGAAAACUCAUGGCUCUGAACAUAACGAAGAGCGGAGUCAGCUCAAGCGAAGGCUAAUAAGAAGCCUACGAAAUGAUCGUGAACAGUGGUGGGUAGCGAAAGCAAGAAAGAUGGAAAAGGCGGCGGCAAUAGAUGACAGCAGACAGCUGUUCAAACUUAUUAAAGAAACCGGCAUAUCAUUCAUUCCCAAUCCAGGAGAUUGGAUCGAUGGACAGAACACCUUAGGGAUCAGUUCAACUGGCCUUCAGCCACACUUCAGUUACCCACGAUCCCCAGUCGUCCUAAAUGGCAAAUUGAGGUAAGUCCUCCAACUCUCUACGAGGUUGAAAAAGCUAUAGGAAUUCUGAAGCAAGGGAGAGCAGCAGGCCCUGACAGGUUUACUCCUGAGUUUUUAAGGAUGUUGGUCCAGUACUAGCAGUGAGAUUGACUGAGGUCUUAGGUAGAAUCUGGGAACUGGACGUAAUUCCAUCUGACUGGUCCCAAUCACUGAUUGUGCCAGUCUAUAAGAAAGGACAAAAGUCCUCCUGUGACAAUCACAGAGGGAUCGGUUUGACUAAUAUAGUGUCUAAAAUAUUAACUUCAAUAAUACUUGGACGCCAAACCAAAGCUCGUGAAGAGCAGACUAACGAAACCAGGCUGGUUUUCGACCUGGACGUGGUUGCAUAGACCAGAUACUCACUCUUCGUCAGGUCCUAGAACAUAGACAUACAUUCAGACGUCCCACAAUAGUAGUAUUUCUUGACCUUAAGGCGGCAUUUGACUCAAUUGAUCGUGAGGUUCUAUAGCAGUGUAUGUCAGUGAAAGGAGUACCAAAGAAAUACAUUAACCUCAUAAAGGCUCUCUACUUGAACACAACUAGUCGAGUAAGAGCCUAUGGUGAACUGUCAUCAGAAUUGAUUACCUGAAUUGGUGUUCGUCAGGGCUGUCCACUCUCCCCAUUCUUGUUUAACUUUGUCGUUGACAUGCUUUUAGAGAUAGCACUUUCAUCAUCUCAAUCUCCUGAAGUUGAACUUUUACCAGGAGGCUCACUUAUUGACUUAGAAUAGGCCGACGACAUAGUUUUAUUCGGUGAAGACUGACAAAAUGCAGAGUCUUCUGACCACUAUAAGCAACAAUGCAAGCAUGUUCGGGAUGCGAUUCUCUCCCUCGAAGUGCAAAAUGUUACUUCAGGAUUGGGUUGCAGCGACACCUGAACUAAU